AUGGACCCGCAGGGGACCCGACCCACACGAACCGAACCCUGGCCAGACAGACACAACGAGGGCCGGAAGCCGGCGAGAAGAGACGGCCCCGGCGCGGCGGGACGGACAGACAAACCGACCGCCAGCCAGCGGGCGAACGCGGAGAUGGAGACGCGGUCGGCCGGCCCGGCCGCGCCGCGCAGUCUCCGCGCCGGAGGGAGGGGCGGGGCCUCCGGGACAUUAUUUGCAUAA